AUGAAAUUCGUCAAUCGCAUUUGGAACUUACCGAAACUUGCUCACAUAACUCUAAAUAUUAUACCAGAAUAUAAAUGUUGUUUUCCUGCGCCAACCGCCAUUUCGCCGAAUGUCGAACAUCUUUUUGUUACUGGCGUUUAUUUCGCAAGUACGCAAAUGGACGAUCUCUUUCGAAGUACUCCUCGACUUCGAUCAUUAUUAGUCGAAAUGACAUGUGAAAACUCGAUAAAACCCUAUUCGGUUGUUCUUCCAUCAUUAAAUCAUUUACAUAUCACCAUUCAUUCAGGCGAAAAAAACGCAAUAAAAAAACUCCUAGGAAAUUUGCCUAAUUUAAAUACAUUAAAAAUUGAAAUGUUCAAUUUUUGUUUGAAUGGCAACGAUUGGGAAACAAUCAUCACCAAACGUUUAUUGAAACUAAAACAAUUUGCAUUUAAAAUAGAAGAUGAUUUUUCGGCUGGUAGCAUUAUAAAUACUGAGAUGGCUCAGCUUCUUGAAACUUUUCGAUCUCAAUUCUGGAUUGAUACGCAUCAAUGGUUUGUUCAAUUUGAUCUAUUCGAAACAGAUGAGUAUUCUUUGUAUACAUUACCCUAUGCGUUCGAAGAUUUUUCUCGAUUACCAAUAUUAUCGAAAUCAACUUGUCCGGAUGAUUAUAAAUAUUUUCAUGCAUACGAUCGUGUAACUAAUUUGUCGAGUCCAUUAUUAUCGCACGGAAACAAAAGUCAAUUUCAUUUUCAUAAUCUCCAUCAACUUUCUAUUAAAUGUCCUAUAUACCAAUCCGGUUGGUCGUUUAUUUCCAAUCUAAACUAUCUACAUACAUUAAGUCUCUAUUGGUAUGACGGUGGAAAAUCGGUUUGUUCUCUAUUACAAUCGAUUAUUGAUCGAGCACCAAAAUUAAAGUCUCUUCGUUUACUAAAGUCACCAUCGGCUAUAUCACAAAUGAUCUCAUUUCGAUAUAAAAGCAGCUCAAUACGUCAAUUGGAUCUUCAGCCAUUAGGCGAUUGGUAUGAUAAACAAGAAUGUGAAAUAUUGAAACGUUCACCACUUGGAAUGCAAUGUGAAACGCUUUGCAUUCGUGUAGAAAAUCGAGCAUGCAUAUUUGAUAUCGUUGAUACGAUGACAAAUUUACGUUCACUCAAUGUUCGAUCUCGUGAUGAUACGUGGAAGGAAAAUGUGACAUCAGACGACGAUGAAUUACUGCUUUGGCUAAAAAAAUGCCUGCCAUCGACAUGUACGAUAACUAGAGAUACUCUUUCACAAUCAAGACAUAUUCGUUUGUGGAUUCGUUAA